GAACCAUCGCCACAUCGUCCAGCUGGCGUGACGUUGAGGCCAAAGAGGCAGAGCUGUCGCUGCCACGGUAAGAGAGAGGUUGUCAUUGUCGGCUGCUCCCUCAUCACACUAACAUGCCCGCAUCCCCAAGUGUGACCAGCGUCGGGUCUGGUGCCCGGUCACCCGCUCGCUCGGCUGCCCCACGUGGCGGCAGCGGCGUUGGAGGCUCCACUGUCAGGCAGCGCAAGACCACCACCACUACUGCCAGCCGCAGCACGGCAUCCACGGGCGGCAUGUGGAGGUUCUACACUGACGACUCUCCUGGCAUCAAGGUUGGUCCACUGCCAGUGCUGGUUGGUUCCCUGGUGUUCAUUGCCACUGUGUUCAUGUUGCACAUCUGGGGCAAGUACACCCGAGCCUAAUACCACCACCACAACCAUGCACCCCAAGGACCGCCACACCCGUGACUUCACCUUACGUUUAUGGAAAGGAUAUUUUAUGUUGACCAUUCCAUAGACCAGUUAUGUAAAGUGUUAAGGUUAAGAGAUGUUUUAUAUAAUAAAAUAAUAAUGUGAA